GUGGGACUUGUGUACCGUCUCUGGGGGUUCUGCCCUGCAGUACAAAGAACAAACACUGCCCACCCACCUCUUUCUAGCUUCGAAGUUUGUUCCCCGCACCUCUCUCCCUCCCUCCCGUCCACCCUCCCACCAAAAACGUUGAAACCUACGCAGUCAGGACAUCUACAUCACCCAUCAGCACACAGACGCUCUCAAGACGAUACCACCUGCAAUCAUGUACCAGCACUUCUACUCCUUCCUGCUCCAGCUCUGCCUGGCAGCCCUCGCCUUCGCCGCCCCCGUGGCCCAGGAGAUCUCCACCAGCACCAUUGACAACACCUGGCAGUACGGCACAGGCGGCGGCAUCAUCGGCUUCAUCGUCCUGAUCCUCGACAUUAUCGUGUUCAUCGAGGUCCUCAAGUCCAACCGCCCUCCCAUCCACAAGCUGCUCUGGUGCCUCGGCGUCUUCGUCUUCCCCAUCAUCGGUCUCAUCGUCUACUUCUUCUUCUCCAACCGUGCCCACCACAACAGCGGCGGCUCCUACGAGCCCCUUCCCUAGGCAUGAUCGUUCUGAUACAACAUAUCACCGAUUGUCCCAGCAGUGCGAAUGCCACGGUUGACAAGGCGAUGGGCCAGUUGAGCAUCCGUGCCAAAUACUUGAAGGAUUGAUGGGACCGUCAUGGGGUUAAAGUGACAUUGCAUUUCACUUGUAGCAGAGGCGUUUGCUGGAGGAACUGGAAUACACGGGUUGAUUGAGCGGGAUUAGUCAAGGCAAUGAAGCAAUGCUUUUACACACCAAGAUGUUCAUAUUACAAGACGCAAUUGUCUUUUAAAUGAUGCUUUGACAUGCUGAUGGUUUUUAGCCUCUCCUACUAGCAAUCCAAUUCCUUUUGAGACG